AGAAUAUGGUGGAGGAGUUGAGUGGCCAGAGUCCGUGAGGUUAAGAGGCAGAGUCAAGAGACAUCGAGAUCGAGAGAGAGGAAGAGAUUUUAGAGAGAGGGCCAGCAGGAGCAGAAGGAGAAGGGUGCACGAUGAAACUUCAGAAGAGAGCCUGAGCGAUGACGAGGAUGACGAUGGAGAUGAAGCCACAGCCACCGCCGCCGGCAGAUUGUUUCUGCCAUCGCCGCCGUCGGGUUCUGUUUCCACCCACCACCAUCUUCAGCUUCGAAGAAGUUUUCCACCUGGAUUUUCUUCUUCGUCUACCUCCAAGGUUUUCGGAGCAACCCAUGUUUGGAGGCCCAGUGACGAAAUCAUCGGCGUUACAGUUCCGAGAAAACCUCGCUCUGCGAGUGCGAAGAGGUCACGCGAUUGGAAUUCAAGCAGAAACGACGGCAGCUGCGCCGGAGGAGCCGAGCAAAUUCUCCGUCGAGCUUCCAGUUCUCCGGCUAGUCAGCCCGGCUGCGCUUCCACUUCAGCACCACCGCCGGCGGUUCCAAUGUCUCCUCCUUCUUCCUCCAAUUCUUUCUUUAAAAAGAAACUCGUUUGUAUCCUGCAGAAGUCGGGUGGGAGUAAUACGGAGCCGAAGCUAAAGCCACCCAUGGCCACAUCGUCGACUGGGCACGCUUCUUCGAGUGCCGCAGAGGAUUUGGAGUUUGAGAUUGCCGAGGUUUUAUUCGGCCUGAUGACUCGGUCGCAGGGCCCCUCGGAAAAAGACAAAUCCGAAGAAGUUCAGAGAUCCAAAGGAGAUGUGAAAUCAGCUUCGAUCUCUGAUUCCGGCUCGCUNAUUAAUUCUCGAGCAAUAAUGAAAAAGCUCCGGCGAGGAAGAGGCUGAGGCCGGUGGCUGAGAAGACGGGUCAAAUAGCCCGAAUUGACCCGUCUGCCGCCGAGUUUGAUAUGGAUCAGCCACCGGAGAGUGAGAUUUUAUCAUCAUCUGGUUCUGAGAAAGUCCGAGGAUCUGCGAGUGGAAAUGGAUUAGAUGGCAGGGGCAAUUCGGUCAAUUCAGAUGGGCGGGAAGCUCAGGCUCAGCCACAAGAUGUGAAGGAGAGAGAAAGUGGUGACGUGAAAAAUGAGGAUGACUUUUGCAGUGAUUCCAGUUUGACAGCGACAGCUUCUUCAUCAGUUGCUGAUAGUAUUACUGUUAAAACAAAUUUAUUGGUUUCCGAGGAGGGAACUCAAAGGGAGCAAAAGUUUGAAUUUGAUCUCAUGGCUCUGCCUCCACAAGCACGAUCAUCGUCUCCGGAAAGUUCUGCACCGUCCGAUCAGCCACCUGAUCCGACUCUAUCGACAGCUCAUGCAGAGUCAAAACCGAUGGUAUGUAAAGAUGAGGAGAAUUUGUUAGCUGAAGAAAAGAAUAUUAAAGGGACCAAUGAAGAAACUGAAUCGUGCAAGAAAAUCGAUUCUCAGCCGCAAGAAAUAAUGCCGGUUCAGAUGAACAAAGAAGGCUCGGCCGCUGAGAAAUCUGGUCAACCAGAAAGUCCUAUAUCUAGUGGUUGUGCCGAUGGCCUUCUGUUCAUUGGACACAUGGCACCUCCCAAGAACAGCACCACCGUAUCACCUUCUUCCACACGGCGAUUGAUAACUCUGCCGAGCUUGAAAAGGUGCGCGAGGCAUUUCCUGAUUGCAAGGAACAUUGAACGCCAUCAGAAGCUGAUGAAGAUGGAUCCUUCUAGAAACCGGGCAGAUAAAGGUCUUGCUAGAACUCCCGAUCAUGUUGUGAAGGAGAAAGGAGGCUCUCAAAUCGUGACAUCUUCUAAUGUUGUUGAAAACAAGAAGCAACUUGUGAUUCAGAAUCAGAAAUCGACUUUGGUUGGUGCUAGUAAUUUACUCGGGCCCAUUUCCUUGAACCAGCAUAAAGCGGCCCGGCCCAUCUCUUUGUCAAACCCAGUGGGACCCACCUCAUCCAUGGACACCUCACAAUACCUACAAUUGCUACAAAACAACAAUGCCUACCAUUUACCGACCUCGGGCUCUCGGGCUCACACAAAUAUUCUCGGCCCGAAUUUCGCAAGGCCCGUCCACCCUCAGUUGCUAGUCCAAAACCAGGCAAUCUUCCAGAGCUUUCCAGAAGCUACCAGACAGCAGCACAUCCAGAGUAAUAAUUUCGUAAUUGCCGAGGGCAAUAAAUUAGGAAUUCGUGAUGAUAAAGCUGAACGGGAAAAUUUGGCCGAAAAAGCUCAACAGCCAAUUAUUCCUUUAAUGAGUUCAAACUUUCCGCAAAAUCUCACCCAGCCCAAUAGUGGCUGCCUUGUCCAAUCUCCCUAUUGGAGUUACUCAUCAAAAACACCAUUUUCUCAAGCUCAACCACAAACACAAAAUCAAAUAUCUUUCAGCGCAAAUCAAAAACUGCCGACAACUGCACGAGCUCAGUCCCCCACUAAUUCUUCGGUUUCUACCAAAACUGGCCAAAACCCAAUCUUUUCGCCACAACUACCAAAAAACUUCUCAUCUAAUGGCGUGACUCCAAUGCAGGCACAACUGUUUUUCACAAACCCGUAUUCACAAGUCCAAUUUCCUCAUCACUCUGCUGUCACGAGUUCGGGCCUGUCAGGCCCGAAUGGGAUUUACAUGCAGCAGACCAGAAACGACCCAUCUAAGGCAAUUUUUGGAGCUACUAGUGAUGCGACAGGUGGCAGCUCCAUCCACACUGCUCGUAUUGGUGGGACCCGCUUGCCAGCUGGUUUUUCGUAUAUUCGUCCUGUUGUUCAGGGAGCUAAUCAGAUGAAGCCUGCUGAGCAGAAGUAAAAAUCUGCAGGUGGUUGUUUAAUUUUUGGCUAAGAAGUGCAGUUUCCUUGAUGAAUAGUUGCUUUUGUUGACAUAAAGAACAUUAAUGGAGGGUGGAAGAUUCUUUAUUUUUACCUUUGCCCCUUUCUGUGAUAUUGUUUGUUUUUUUAUAUUUACUUUAAGAAAAUGUUUAUAUUGAUAUGUGUUUGAUGUCUGAACUGUCCCUUUUUAUCUUGUUUACAAAAGAAUGGUUAGAGGCCCAUCCUAAUAACAUGAGUAUGAUUCAUGGAUUGCUCUACUCUAUUCUAUUGUUACGUGACUUACAAAAUUGGGUGAAAGCAUUUAAAAUGUCUUUUUUAGAAGUCUUCUACUCAAACAGUUAGGUGUAGCAUUUAAAAUGUCUAG